AUGAACAAGUUAAUUAGAAUCAUCUUACCUUAGCAUUACUAAACUAAACCAGAAUACAUACAUAGAUAUUAAUGGCUUCUUACAACCUUUUCAUCGUUCUUGCCCUUGCCUCCGUUACUGCCACCAUGGCCUCAACCGAAUUCUGGGUUGGAGGUUCCAGCGGCUGGACCAUCAACGUUGAUUAUCAAGCCUGGGCUGCUGACAAAGUGUUCCAUGUCGGAGAUUCACUGGUUUUCAACUACACUCAAGGAGCACACAAUGUAUUCAAAGUGAACGGAACUGCAUUCGCUAGCUGCAUCAAACCAGCAUCAAAUGAAGCACUGACGAGCGGACAUGAUGUGAUCACACUGGCCAGCACUGGGAAAAAAUGGUACAUUUGUGGAGUAAAAACUCACUGCUCUGAGUUCAAACAGAAGCUGGUGAUCAAUGUUGAGGAGGCAGUAGAAGCUCCUGCACCAGCUCCAACUAGCUCUGCUCCAGGGAUUUUCGCAUCUUCGUAUCAAGUGUUUUUGGCAGCUGCUGUUGCAGUUGGGAUCAUCGCUGUUAUGUGAUUUGACUUCUGAUGUUAGAUGUCUUGAAUUGGUUACUCUAUAAUUAUAUAUUGACCGCAUGAAAUAAUUUAUUUGAUUUGUAUCCAAA